AUGCCACCCAAAAAGGGAUCUCGCAAGUCGAUGCCUGCACGAGUCAACAAUGAGGCUUCUCUCCUGGUGCCUUCCCGGCGUUCUCCACGAGUGCCUGCCCCGGAGAAACGCUUAAAUACAUCUCCUCAGUCCUCCAAGACUCUCCCUCUGCCCUCCUCCACCACUCCCGACAACUCUUUCAACAUCCGUUUCUACACUCCAAAGACACCUUCCAACAACUCUCCAUCAAGAAACGCCUCUCCCGACGUGCCCUUGACACGUCGAAGCACCUUCCAAGCUCGCCCCUCUCGCCUCUCCUCUGUUUACACCCCGGCAGUGGAGAGUCCCACUUCUGCUCACAGCAGCCGCCGCACUCGUCGCACGGCUGCUCUCGAAACUCCUCAAACCUCUUUCUCAGACCACGACAUGUCUGACGCCCUGGGCUCGACCGGCUGGACCUACGGCCAAUACAGUGGCCUCGGCAUGGACGGAACGAUGGAUUCCCGUCCCUCCCCCAGCGUCUCUUCUAUGGGGACUCGGGCUUCGACCCGCCUUCGCAAGCCAACCGCCAAGGCGCUCGAGGUAAUGCAGUCUCAGAAGAAGCCUCGCCGUCUGCAGAAAGACGCCCCCACCGUCCCUGAUUCCUCUGUCGGCGCCUCCACCUCCGGCCCCGACCCCGCUCCCACUACUUCCCCUGCCUCUCCUUCUGCCCCUGCCCCUACCACUGCACCCAAACGCUUCCCCAAAAUCACCUUCAAGAACGUUUUCAAGCCUACCUCCGAGCCUGCGAGUGCGUCAAGCUCCACUCCCGAGUCCCGGCCAAAGACCGGUCCCAAGCUGAUUUUCAAGUCAGCCGCCAAGCCAUCUCCUCGGGCCAACACUCGCAAAGGCAGGAAAGGCAAAAACGCCUUGAAGUCCUCUCUCCACCGCAUUCAACUCACCGUUGGUCGCGCUGGCCAAAAGCUCUACGAGCUGGCCACCAUGGCCCUGGGCACCGACUUCCUCGCUCCGUCCGAUCCCGAACAGUUCAUUCAGGAUCUGCGAGCCGCCCAGUCGGCGGUUGACGUGGAAGAGGAUGCUGCUGACAGCGACGCGCAUCACGACGACGACGAUGCCGAUGUCCCUGCAGUGGCAGAUGAUGCCGAGAGCAUCCCCCCGGACAACCCUGAGCGCAAAAUCAUGCUCACCUUCAAGUUCUCCGCCGUGCCCCACGUGGACCAGGAUAAUUGGACUCACACGGGCCGUGUCAACAGUCACGGCGAAGAGGUGAUGCUGACGCCUCCGGGUUACAGCCUCGAUCGAGCCCCUCAUAACUAUGGGGACGAGGCUUUGCCCUAUCCUCCCGUCCGAACUCGACCGGACGAUCAGGCGAUGGCCAACGAUGGCCUCGGCUUCCCGCCUCUCCUCGGUGACAGAAACGUCCCGUUCGGUGAACAGUCCGACUUCCAAGCUGAGGACGUCACCGAGGAGCAGGCCCAGGUACAGGCACGCAAGAAAAAGGCUGCCGCACCCGCUGAGCCAUCUCAGAAGGGUGGCAGAAAGCGUCGCCUGCCUGGAGCCGAAAUCGCCGAGAUUUCUGCAUCUUCGUCUGCUCCCUCCACUCCUGAAAAGGGUGCACGGGCACAGAAGCGACGUCGCGGGGAGACGGUCUCCCAGCCUGCAUCGUCUAAGCAGGCCCCGCGCAAGACGCUCGCUCCGCGGUCGGCAAAGGCUGAGCCUAAGACGAAGGCGCCGUCUCCUUCUCCCGUGGAGGAGGAAGCACCAUCACAGACGGUGCAGCGCCUUCGGAUUACGGUGAAGCCUCCCACCGCGGCGGAGAUGCAGGAGGAGGAUAGUGCGUCCGGGGAGGAGGAGGACUCCACCCUAGCUCGACCUGCGGCAGGCCACAGCCGCCAGCAAGCAGCCGACCUCGCCACUGAGGUCGAGACGACCCAGAGGCCCGCCAUCUCCAAGGGCAAGAAGAGAGCAGCAGCCCUCAUCUCUAAUGAUGAGGUGGCCGAAAGGUCAACGUCGCCUGCCAAGCGGGCACGGGCUGCUGACUCUCAGGUCGGUACUGCCGAUGCUGCCGCCCCGCGGGGCCGUGGCCACGCUGUAAAGCGUGGUCGUGGUUCCGGUCGGGGUGGAGGUCGAGGCCGGGGUGCCUCCAGCUCUCGGGGGAAGCCCCCAACUCGGGGAGGAAAGCGUGGUAGAGGACGAGGGUAA